AUUUGUAGAUCUUGAUUGCCGGCUCGACAACAAAAGAGAGGCCUCGUUGGUGCAGUUUUCACGAAAAUGCAGGACAUACCGGAACGGAUUCUAAAGUACAUUGCCGACCACGGGGAGGUGGAUACGCUUGAUCUGGCCGCAGUUUUUGGUGAGGAUCAUCAGAAAAUAGUGGGCGGCGUGAAAAGUAUCGAGGCUACCGGCGAGCUGAUCCAGUGCGUGCCGAGCACACGCAAGUCGUGGAAGCUUACUGCCGAAGGACGGGACAUUCUGGAGCAUGGCAGCCACGAGGCGAACGUGUUUAAAGCUGUCCCGCAGAACGGCAUACCGCAGGCCGAGCUGAUGAAGUGUGGAGGCAAAAACCCCAAAGCUGGCUUCAGCAAGGCCAUGUCAAACGGUUGGAUACUGAUCGACAAAACCGGCGGUGCACCGCUCGUUCGCCGCAAGGUGGACACAAUCGAGGAUGAAGUGCUGGCGCACGUGAAAGCCAUUGCGGAGGGCAAAGAAUCGGCCGUGCCGGACGGUGUGAAGAGUGAGUACAAGAAGCGCAAGAUCCUGGAGGAAAGCGUGACGAAAAGCUUCAUACUCUCGAAGGGGCCCGAAUUCGCGACCACCCUGAAGAAGCUAGAAACUGAUCUGACCGUCGAAAUGUUGGCCAGCGGUUUGUGGAAGGAUUUGAAAUUUAAGGCAUACAACUUUGACGCGCUCGGUGCACCGCCCGGACGGGGCCAGCUACAUCCGCUGAUGAAGGUGCGUACCGAAUUUCGGCAGAUAUUCCUCGAGAUGGGCUUCUCGGAGAUGCCAACGAACAACUUUGUCGAGUCCGGCUUUUGGAACUUUGACGCACUGUACGUGCCGCAGCAGCAUCCGGCCCGCGACCAGCAGGAUACGUUCUUUGUGUCGCACCCGCAGAUGAGCGACAAGUUCCCGCUGGCGCUGGUGGAAAGUGUGCGCGACUCGCACGAACGCGGCGUGGACGGUUCGAUCGGCUACCGGUACGACUGGAAGCUGGACGAGAGUCGCAAGAACGUGCUACGCACGCAUACGACCGGUGUGAGCGCUAGGAUGCUGUACAAGGUGGCCCACCAGCCUGGGGGCUUCAAGCCGGUCAAGUACUUUAGCAUCGACAAGGUGUUCCGCAACGAAACGCUCGACGCGACCCAUCUGGCCGAGUUCCACCAGGUGGAGGGCGUCGUGGCCGACUACGGCAUCACGCUGGGCGAUCUGAUCGGUACGUUCAAUGCGUUCUUCAACAAGCUCGGAAUCACGGAGCUGGAGUACAAACCAACCUUCAACCCGUACACCGAGCCGUCGAUGGAGAUCUUCUGCUUCCAUCCGGGGCUGCAGCGAUGGAUCGAGGUCGGCAACUCGGGAGUGUUCCGGCCGGAAUUGCUUAUUCCGCUCGGCGUUCCGAAGGAGGUGAAUGUGAUUGCUUGGGGACUGUCGCUCGAACGCCCGACCAUGAUCAAGUACGGGCUAAACAACAUACGCGACCUUAUCGGCCCGAAGGUGGAUUUGAAAAUGGUCCAGGACGGGCCGAUCUGUCGCAUGAAUUGUUAAACGGUGCAACGGGGCAAAUAUACUUUGAUUCGAUUCCGCAAGCAAAAAAGGAGAGGUCCUGAUGGCUCUGUUUCUUUCUCUUCCUGUUUCGGAGGAUGAUUAAGCGCUCUACUAAGGUUGGUUUUAAACUAAUUUAAUCUCAUAUUAAGAAACGAAAGAUGUGACAUGUUAUGACGACUUAGCCAACCCCAACCAACCCCAGACGCUGCCGAAACCAAGUCAUGUGAGUAAUUUAAUAAGUAGCACGAUUAUUAGCUGCUGUUUACUUGGAAGGUUUGAUGACUUCGAACUUGAAGCCGUUCUUGGACAGCUGUUCGAUUAAGCUCGUUUUAGCGUAUGCCGCUCCGGGCGGAUACACGCCACCACUGAAAAAAAGCAGUUCUCAAACAUUUAUUACUCGACCACAAUAAAACCAAAGUGGCUGAUGGA